AUCAGAUUCAUCACAGACAUGAAAUUUGGAAACCAAACAGUUGUGUCAGGAUUCAUUCUCCUGGGACUCACAGAUGACCCAGAUCUGCAACUCGUCAUUUUCAGUAUAUUUCUUUCCAUGUACCUUCUUACAACACUAGGAAACCUGUUGAUCAUUCUGGCCACCAGGUCUGACUCUCACCUCCACACACCCAUGUACUUCUUUCUCUCUGGUCUUUCUUUUAAUGACAUCUUUUUGGUCACAUGCACAAUUCCAAAGAUGCUAGUGAAUAUGCAAGCACAUGACCAGAAAAUUACUUAUGUAGGAUGCCUGACUCAAGUCUGCUUUGUCAUAAUGUGUGUUGGAAUGGAGAACUGUCUUCUUGCAGUGAUGGCCUAUGACCGCUAUGUUGCCAUUUGCCAUCCUCUUAGGUAUAGGGUCAUUAUGAGCCCCUGUAUCUGUAUCCUACUUGUAGCAUUUUCUGUGAUGGGGAGCCUGGUGAAUGCCUUGGUGAAUAGUCUUAUGGUGUUACAUUUGUCCUUCUGCACAGACUUUGUAAUCCCACAUUACUUCUGCGAACUUACAGAGCUUAUUAAACUUGCCUGUUCCAACACUCUUAUUGACAACAUACUUAUAUACAUUUCAUGUGGCAUAUUUGGUGGUGUUCCUCUCUCCGGCAUAAUUUUGUCUUAUAGUCAAAUUGUAUCUACUGUUUUGAGAAUGUCAUCGAAAGAAGGAAGAUAUAAAGCCUUUUCCACCUGUGGGUCUCACUUGUCAGUUGUUUUCAUAUUUUAUGGAACAGGAUUUGGGGUUUACAUUAGCUCAACAGUUACAGAAUCAUCCAGGAAGCCUGCUGUGGCUUCAGUGCUGUACUCUGUGGUGCCUCAGAUGAUGAAUCCCUUUAUCUAUAGUCUGAGGAACAGAGAUAUGAAGGAAGCCUUGAAGAAACUCAUCAGCAGGAUACUAUCUCCUCUAUAA